UAUUCCUCGUGCUUGUUUUCUCUUAAAAUAACUGAAGGCGCAACCUACCAGUAAAAGUUACUGCUUGCUGCAUACGGCCCAAUCAUCGAACUCCCUCGUUGUUUCAUGUUACAUGGAUUACUAGACAAGUUCAUGAAAAUAUGAUAUAGAGAGGACAUCUAAGACUAUGUUCAUGAGGGUUCUGCGCACCUGGCUAGGCGGGUCUCUCUCUCUGUCUCUCUUUCUGCAAGUCCUCGAUAAUUUGGACAACUUUUGCUAGUAGCUGACAGUUCGUAAGGAUUCUGGUGGGUCUCUCUCGCUCCCUCUCUCUUAUGUUCAAAGAGCCCAUCGUUGAAUCGUCAUAUCAGCGAUGGCCAUGCAGUUGGAGGCUGGAUGUAGGAGCUUCAAAAGCUGAUGAUUCAGCAAUGCUCAAAGCAUCCCCAGUCGGCUAUCCCAUUGCUGGAGAGAUGCCUCCUGUUGCUGGGCUGCUGCACCCAACUGAACCAGCUGGAACAGGUCCAUGGCCUCAUGGUUAAGACCUCCUUGGACCAGCAACCCUUCCCAUGCAGCAAGCUCCUCGCCUCCUGCUCCCACUUUCCCGCCUACGCCCGUUCCCUCUUUGGCCGCAUCUCCGAGCCGAACACUUUCAUGUGGAACACCAUCCUGCGCAGCUCCGCCAUCAGCACUACCCCUCUCGACGCCCUCUUGCUCCUCAAUUCUAUGCGCCGGAGCUCGGCGUUGGCGGAUCAGUUCACCUUCGUCUGCAUCCUCAAGGCGUGUGCCCGUGCCACCGCUGCGGAAGCCGGCCGGUGCGUUCAUGGUCUCGUUCUGAGGUCGGGGUUUGAGGACUUUCUUCCAGUUCGGAAUACCAUUAUUGGGGUGUAUGCGGCUUGUGGUUGGAUCGAAGGAGCACACAAAGCGUUUGAUGAGAUACCUAAGAGAGAUUCCGUGUCUUGGAAUGCCUUGAUAGGUGGGUAUGUUAGGGUUGGUCGGGUACAGGAGGCUUUCCGUCUGUUUGGUGAGAUGCGUUUGAGUGGGGAAAUCAGAAUUGCUAAACAGAGCAUCCUGGUUCUGUUGUCUGGUUGUGAAGGCUGCUACGGUUCGGGCAGUCUUGCUAGAGGUGAGACAGUUCAUGCACUGUGUGUCAAGUAUUCAUUUGAUUCGGAGAUGAGCGUGAGGACUUCGAUAAUUGGCAUGUAUUCUAGUAAUGGCUGCCUGAGUUUGGCUCGCCGAAUUUUCGAUGAAAGUGUUGAACCAGAUACCACUGCGUGGAAUUGCAUAAUUGGUGGAUAUGUUAGGCGUGGAUGUCUGCAGGAAGCUAUGAAGAUGUAUCAGAAGAUGAAACUUACAGGAGCAAAGCCAAAUUAUGUGACCAUGGUAACUCUUUUGGCAGGCCUUGCGCAGACUGGAUUGGUUUCUGGUGGAAUCUGCAUCCAUCAAGACAUUAUGGAGCAAGGGCUAGAGCUGAAUGCAGCCCUUGGCACAGCUCUGGUAGAUAUGUAUGGGAAAUGUGGAUGCAUUGAGAAGGCUGUGGAAAUCUUCGAUGCCAUGACGGAUAAGGAUGCAACAACUUGGAGUGCAAUGGUUUCAUGCCUUGCAUUGCAUGGCCGUGGAGUUGAUGCCGUUGCUCUUUUUGAUGUGAUGAGGCAAGAGCAGGUUCUUCCUAAUGAAGUCACCUUCAUGGCUGUCUUAACUGCUUGCAGUCAUGCAGGUCUGGUGGAUCAAGGGAAGAUGUACUUUGAUGUUAUGGCAAGAGAGUAUGACCUAGUUCCACGAACUGAACACUAUGGCUGUAUGGUUGACAUGCUUGGUCGAGCCGGACUGCUGGAAGAAGCACAUCAGUUGAUCAAGAGCAUGCCCAUGGAGCCUGAUGCCACUGUUUGGCGAAGCCUGCUAGCUUCUUGCAGGCUUCAUGGUAAUGUGGAACUGGGUGGAUUGGCAAAGACAGCUCUGCUAAAAUUGGAACCUUUACACCCAUCAGACGCUAUCUUGAUGUUGGGUGCAUAUGCUGCUGUUGGUAGGUGGCAGGAUAUCAGGAGGCUUAGAGAUGAUCCAGUAGAGGAGACAAGAGUGAAGAAGAAGGCUGGCUGUAGCUCGAUUUCAACAGUCCUGCAAUAGCACUCCUGUCACUUGGAAUUGACUGCAAUUUCGGGAUGUGAUCAUUUUCAUGAUAUUGUUCUUUGAAACUGAAUUUUUCAAUGAGUUGCCAACCUGAGAGCUUUCUGGUUUCCAAUGCGAUUUCUAUCAAGAUACAUAAAAUUACUCAUCAUGGAGUAACUUUGUGAAAGUGUAACUAAUGAUUUUGAGAAUAGACCUAACUGCAAAGAGGGUUGCAUUGGGACAGCUCCAAACCUAAACAUUACUCGAAAAAA